AUGGGUAAACCAAAGCGUAAUGUCUUUGCGGCCGCCGAAGAAACCUCUACCCCGCCAGAUACAUUGACAGAAACACAAUCAAUUGCUCGUGUUAUCAAAGCUGAAGGAAACAGCUUAUACUCUUGCACUCUCACCGAUAAUUCAACCAUUCUUGUCGAAUUGCCUUCUCGAUUCCGCAAUACAAUUUGGAUGAAACGUGGUGGUUAUGUAUUGAUCGACACGAAAGAUGCAAAUGUGAGAGAGAAUAAGAUUGGUGGUGAAAUUAUAAAUGUCGUUCGGGAUGAACACAUUUGGCGAAAGGAAGCUUACUGGCCCAAGGAAUUUCCAAAAAGCUCCGCAUAUAUGGAGGAUUCGGAUGACGAGGAAUCGACUGUAGGCAAAAUGCCACCAUCAGACUCGGACGAAGAGUGA